GAGAAGAUUAAUUCUUCUUUUUAGAAGAAAAAUGAAGCGAAAAGUUGAAGAAGAUGAGAAGAAUGAGAAAAUCGUUCGCAACCUCAUGAAGCUUCCAAGCAAUCGCCGUUGUAUCAACUGCAAUAGCCAGGGACCUCAAUAUGUCUGCACAAAUUUUUCGACUUUUGUUUGCGCAACGUGUAGUGGAAUACAUCGUGAGUUUUCGCAUCGGGUUAAAUCAGUAUCAAUGGCCACAUUUACUGCAGAAGAUGUUGCAGCCCUUCGUGAAUGUGGGAACGAGCAUGCAAAGGAAGUAUAUUUUAGACAAUGGGAUUCGCAACAUCAAUCUCUUCCUGAUAACCGUAAUGUUGAGGGGCUCAGGAAAUUCAUUAAGCAUGUGUAUGUGGAUAGAAGAUAUUGUGGUGAGAAGGGUACUGUUGAUAGGCCUUCGAUUCCUAAGAGGAUGGACAGGGAAGAUUCUUUUACUCCUCGCAGUGGCCUUCACAGAAUACUUUCUUCAGAAAUCUUUGAACAACGCAGCGUUGAGAGAUCUGGAUUUUCUGGAAGAAGUGAUGAAAGAGAUUCAGGAAGCAGUUAUGGGGAAAGAAGAAAUAAUGGAAAUGGUAAAGAAUCUGAAAAACAUGGUGGUCACGGUGGCCUUCACAGAAUGCUUUCUUCUGAAAUCUUUGAACAACGCAGUGUUGAGAAAUCUGGAUUUAGUGGAAGCAGUGAUGAAAGAGAUUCAGGAAAUGGUUAUGGUGAAAGGAGAAAUAUUGGAAAUGUUAAAAAAUCUCAAAAACACAGUGAUCGCAGUGGCCUUCAUAAAAUGCUUUCUUCAGAUAUCUAUGAACAACGCAGCACUGAGAGAUCUGGAUUUAGUGGAGCAAGUGAUGAAAGGGAUUCAGGAAACAAUUAUGGGGAAAGAAGAAAUAAUGGAAAUGGUAAAGAAUCUCAAAAGCAUGUUGAUCGCAAGAGAAUUUCUACAUACUUCGAGGUGGUGGAUGAUAGAUUUCGUGACGAUAUAUCUGAAACUACAGAGACAUACAAUAUGCAGAGAAAGCUCUCAAAUCAGCAAAUUGCACUAGAUUCAUCCAGGCCACGGGAGGUUCAUUCUCUUGGGGAUAUAUUAGAUAGAAUCCCAACUCUGCGACUAAGAGAAGCUCUUAAAGAAGAUGGUGGUAGGCCUUCUGAUAGUCCUAGUUCUAUGCAAAGGACCGAAUCUACUACAAAGCCAAGACACACUGAUGAACAUUCUACUAAACCUAGAAACCUGGAUUCUAUGGGAAAUGAAAAACACACAUUAGGAAGCGCAGAUAGUAUCAGUUCUGACCCUGAGCCAGCUUCAAAACAAUCACCAAAACCCAGUAGUCAGUCUAUUUCAAAACCAGCAAGUUCAUCAUCUUCUAAAAAUCCUUCGACCAUUUGCUGUCCUACUCCGAGAAAUCAAUCAAAGGCUGCUUCAAAUGCAAAAAACCUGGACUCUGUUGUUCCUGCAGCUAAACCUAUGGACGUUCAAUCAAAGGAACCGACUACGGGUAAGUUGCCUAGGACUCCUAGCAGUAGUGGUGUAUCUCCUGCUACAAACCUAAGCAAUACAUCGACUUCAUCCCCUACUUCCACUUUUCUCAGUCCAAGAGCUUCCACAGUGAGUGCCUUAUCAUCAUUGACUAUUAGCAAAGGUGGUACCUCUAGCGGCACUAAUCAGACGAAACAAGAUAAAGACAUCCCACAUCCUCAGUGCUCUGUAUUUCCAGAUACUGCCCUUCAAUCUACUUCCUCUAUGCCCUCAAGCAGUCUAACCGUGCAAUCAUCUCAAUUUGUCCCACAGCAUAUUCCUCAGGCCAGCUCUGGAGUUGCAACUGAGUCUCUUCCUUCAGCGCAUCAGUUGGGUGGGAAAAAGGAAUUGCAAGCGGAUCAGGGGACUGGUCCUUCACUCAUGCCAGAUUCUGGUCCUUUAGAGCAGAAAUCUAGUGGAAGAAAAGAAAUUCCUCAGCACCUUUUUGUAGCAACCCAUUCAUCAGCUCCUGCACAAUCCCCGGGGUGGCAAGCACUUCAUGCCCAUGUCACGGGGCCUGGCUUGCAGUAUUCACUGGCGCCUGUACAAUCCCCUGGGUGGCAAGCAGUUCGAGCCCAUGUCAUGGGGCAAGGCUUGCAGUAUUCACCAGCUCCAGUACAAUCCCCUGGGUGGCAAGUACUUCAAGCCCAUGUCAUGGGUUAUGCAGUGAAAGCGCCAACAGUGUGUCAACCAGCAAAUCAAGCAAACACAUUUGAUCUUAAGAAUGCGAACGGGACACAUCUUCAAUCCUCAAUGUCACCUUCCGUGGCUUCUUGGCAUGGAUCUCGACCCAUUGAUUCCCCUUCUGUUCAAUGGUUGCCACAGCAGUCAUCACCUUACGGGACAGUACUUUUCCAAUCAUUAUCAAGCCCUUCAGGAAUGUCUUCAAGUUCAUAUAUAGGGCAACAAUUACCUAACAACCCGCAACCUGCAAGGUAACUUCAUUUUUCAUCCUUAAUAAUGAGCUGUAAUUUCUUUUGUUGGGUUCCCUUUGAUUGUGACAUGGC